AAGGACCAAUGAUGAAAUUUAGGAGAAUAUUUAUUUUCAUUCUUUUUAAGGGGAGGGAGUGGGUGGCGUCUACGCGUCAGCCUUCUCAUCAUACGACGCCGCAUCUUUCUUCUUUCACCCUUCUUUAAUUUUAAACGUCCUCUCGGAUGGAUAUAUUCUCUCCAUAUAAUUGCCUUCGUCUUCCUUUACAUAAUUUUUCUCCCAUGAAAUAAAAAAUAAUCGCUCUCCCGAAAAUCUCCGCUGUAAUCGACCCACCGUCGCCGACUACAAUGGCGGCUCCGGAAGAGAGCAACUUCAACUGGCUCGUCGAUCUGGAAUUGGAAGGAAUUUCUCUUCCGGGCGGCGGCACCGGCAGCGGCGGCGACAUCUUUCCUCCGAUUGAACCGGCGUUUCAAUGGCCUACCAAUGCGUUUUCCGUUCCAACUUCCCUCAGCAAUGGACAAGAUUUGUCAGACGAAAAUUCUAAUAUUGUAAAGCAAUGCAACUCCAAAAAGAGGGUAAGAUCAGAGGCGUGCAACACAACUGAGUCCAAAGCACAUAGAGAGAAAAUGCGAAGGGAUAGGCUGAAUGACCGAUUCCAAGAAUUAAGUUCUGUCAUUGACCCCGGCAAGCCACCAAAAAUGGAUAAGUCAGCUAUACUGAGUGAUGCUGUUAAAGUGGUAAAUCAGCUGAGGGAUGAAGCUAAGAAGCUGAAAGUUUCGUUUCAGGAUUUACAAGAGAAGGUCAAUGAAUUAAAGGCCGAGAAAAACGAACUCAGAGAAGAGAAGCAAAAGCUAAAGGCAGAGAAAGAGAAACUUGAGUUGCAGCUAAAAGCCAUAAGCUCUCAACCUGCAGGCUUCUUAGCUCCUCAUCAUCCUGCAUCUGUUCUUGGCAGUAAGAUGAUCCCUUUUGCUGGCUAUCCUGCUGGGAUGAUUCCCAUGUGGCAAUUUGUACCAUCAGAAGAUCACUCUCUCCGCUCCCCGAUGGCUUAAAUUUUAGUGGUAAGUAGUUUACAGAAGUCCUUAAGUUAAGGAAAUGACCGGCUAGAGAAGCCGAAGCAAUCAAGAAGCAUUGUUUGUGCGCGCGGGCACACACACACACUUCUCUCUCUAUAUAUAUCUCUCUUUCUCGAACGUAAAUGACUUAUAGAGAAAGAGUGAUUCCAACGGUUCCCGAACCUGAUACGGGCACUGACUACCCAUAGUUUGGGAGACUUUAUCAUCUGCUAGUAAUCUUUUUAUUUAUGCUUUAGACUAUCACUUUGUGGGUGAUGGGAAUUAUGAAAUAAAGUAAUGUUGUGGAAUUUAAUUAAUUGACUGUACUUUGGUCUCCAAUGUUAUUGUACAUGCCUAUUGAGAAGUCUUAUGAAUAGUUUUUUUACUCAUAAAUUAUUGUUUUGCAA